AUGCACGUCGAAGACGCUCCACCGAACGGGAUUCCCGCUCAAGCAAAGUUAUCACUCUGGCAAGCCAUUCGGAAAUGGCCCAAGGUGGCGGGAUACUGCCUUGCCUUGACGACCGCGAUAUUGCUAUGGGGCUAUGACAUGGCGAUGGUCGGGAACCUUGCUUCUCUACCAGAAUUCCAACAUGACUAUGGCGUGCUCUACGAGGACGAGUGGAUCAUAGAGUCCAGAUGGAUGAGUGCUUGGAAUGCUGGGAGCCCCAUCGGGAUGGUGCUGGGAGCCCUCGCCGGCGGUUUCCUGCUUGAUCACUUUGGCCGUCGUCUCUCUCUCGGAUUGGGGACUAUCUCUUCAACAGUGGGAGUAGCAGUCGUCUGGGCUUCGCAGUACAGCGGGAGUCCUCAGGGCAUAUUCCUGCUGGGCAAGGUGCUGAUGGGCUUGGCCAUCGGCGUGGUCGUGACUGCGACGCAGACCUACAUGUCUGAGCUCUUGCCGUCGACCCUGCGAGGACCGGUCAUCGCCUUCUUCCCUGUGUUCUUUUUGUUGGGCCAGCUCAUCUCUGCAGUAAUUGUCUUCGCCGCCGAAGACACGGAAGGGCCGACGUCAUAUCGGAUGUGCAUCAUUUCCCAAUGGCCAUUCUCAGCAGUUCCGCUGAUCGUCGCUCUCCUCUUGCCAGAGAGUCCUGUCUACCUCGUCCGCAAGGGGAAACUCGAAGCCGCUUUCAAGGCACAGAAGCGUCUCGACCGAGCCAACGAGGACACACAAGGCCGCAUUGAAGAGCUUCAAGCGCUCAUCCUGCAUGAGCAAGAGUCCGCUAGCUCCGAUGAGACCACGUACAUGGACUGUUUCAAAGGCGUUGACAGACGUCGUACCAUUCUUGUGAUGUUCGCGGCCGUCAUGCCACAACUCAUCGGACUGCCGAUCCUGGGCGACGGCCCUUACUUCCUGCAGAUCGCCGGCAUGGACUCCGACGACAGCUUGAUAUUUCUCAUCGCCGGAAUCGUGGGUGGUCUUCUUGGGACCCUCAUCAGUAUGUGGCUGCUCACGUUCAUCGGGAGGAGGAGACUCUCCCUCGUAACAUUGGCGCCCGUGGUUCUCAUGUGGUUGGGUAUGGGCAUCGCUGGAUGCUUCGACUCGAGCGUUUCGCCAUGGUACGUCGGAGUGACUCUGAAUGUCGUCACCUUCACCAUUGCCCUGGGCAUCUGGCCAGCAUCUUAUGUUAUCGGGGGCGAAGCAUCCUCUCUCCGGCUUCGUGCCAGGAGUCAAGGUGUAGGAUGGGCGACAGGUGGCCUGGCGAAUUUCGUCUUCAGCACCGUGACUCCCUACAUUUACAAUGCCGACUCGGGCAAUCUGCGGUCGAAAAUCGGGUUCGUCUGGACAGGACUGUGCCUGCUCACCCUUGUUGCGGUCUGGUAUCUCAUUCCGGAGAUGCUCGGACGUACGCCGCUCCAGCUUGACUUGAUGUUCGAGCAGAAACUGCCAGCCAGGAAAUUCGGAAAGUGGGAGGGUGAGAACAUUGAGUUGAUGAUAGUCGGCACAAAGCGCGAACAGGAGUGA